AUGGCCUACACGAGAGCUGUGAUUCCUGAUGAUUUCGAGCUUCCCGUUGCGGCUUUUGACAUUCCCCAAUGCUAUAAUGGUGAUCUUUCGGGAGUUGUGAUUCCUGAGGGAUUGGUGAGAGAUCGAGUUCGCAGGCUUGCAAAAGAUAUUCAUUCUCAAAUUGGAAAUGAGCCGCUUUCUUUGCUCUGCGUCCUCAAAGGAUCUUACAAGUUCUUCACUGUUUUGGUUGAAGAAUUGACGAACGCUCGUUCUUCGUGCCCAGAGCCGAUGACUGUUGACUUCAUUCGCGUCAAGAGCUACGAGGAUCAGAGCAGCACCGGAACGAUCCAAAUAAUGGGAUUGAGCAAUUUGGAUGAGCUCAAAGACAAGAAUGUUCUAGUUGUCGAUGAUAUCGCGGAUACUGGAAGAACGUUGGCGAAGCUUCUCGACACUUUGAAGAGCAUCGGAGUCCGUCAAACAUGGACGGCUCUGUUGCUCUCCAAGCGGGUUCAUCGCGCUGUUCCAGUCCCCGAAGACUUUGUGGCGUUCGAGAUUCCUGACAAGUUCAUUGUCGGAUAUGGUUUGGACUACAACCAAAAGUUCCGCGAUCUUGGCCAUAUCUGCGUCAUGAGCCCUGCCGGAAUCCAGAAAUAUAAGAACUGA